AUGCCUCGGUUGUUAUUUAACUUUGGUUUGUUCGUUUUCAUACUUGGUUGUGUGGCUCAUGCACAACUACCGUCUCCAUUCGAUGUUCGCAUCGAUCAUUACAAAACAGGAUCAAUUCAUGAUCUUGUAAUAAAUACACCACGACCUCGAUUUUCUUGGAAAAUUUCAAAUAAUAAUGAACCGUCCCAAAGAAAUAUUGAACAAAUAGCUUACCAAAUCCAGCUUGAGUCGAUAAAAGUUUCAGCAAAAGAUAAUUUAUUUCAAUGGGAUAGUGGACGAAUUGUAUCGACACAAUCUAUCCAUGUGCCAUAUGCAAGUCGAUAUGAUCUAUCUGCUGGAGCCCGAUACCGCUUUCGUUUGCGUAUUUGGACUAGUAUACCGAAUGAGUCCAGUGAAUGGACUGAAUGGAUUUAUUUUCGAACGGCAAUCUUCAAUUUGAACGAAUAUUUAACCGACAAUGCAAAUCUUUUAUGGAUUGGUUCGACGAAGAUCAAUAUGAAUGAAUUACGAAAAGAAUUUCUAGUUCCAAAUACAAGUCCAGUUCGUUCGGCAAUUGUUUAUAUAUCCGGUAUUGGUUAUUAUCAGUUUUACAUAAAUGGUUACAAUGUUGACCCCAGUCGAAAAUUAGAUCCUGGUUGGACAACGUUCGAAAUACGUACAUUGGUCGCAACUUUCGAUGUGACAUCAAACAUUUCGGCUGGUAUGAAUGCUGUAGGAGUGAAACUUGGAAACGGUUGGUAUAGUGGAGAACAACUAGGAAUACCAACUUAUGGUCCGCCUCGUUUACUUUUUACUUUGAAUAUUACGUUUCAGAACGGUGAACAGAUGCAAGUUCUCAGUGAUCAAACAUGGUCUGGUCGACAAGGAUCUAUUCUACGCGAUAGUGUCUACAAUGGCGAAUCGUACGAUGCACGAAAUGAACGUGUCGAUUGGGCACGACCCGGAUUUAAUGAUUCAUUAUCUGCUUGGAUCAUGGCAGACUCGUUACCAUCUCCAGUUAGUGAAGCACGUAAUGGUCAAUUAGUAUUGCAAGAUAUGCCGCCGAUUCGAGCCGGAUUCGAUGCAUUGCAUAUUGAAACAGAUAUGUCUAACCAUGAGAGAGAUUAUUUGAAAUCGAUGAACCUCAAAUACAUUCAAGGUGCUUCGUUCAGAGAUGGACGUGGAAGUGUAUUGAAACCAAUCAGCGUAUCUCAACCGACGGUUGGAAUACAUACAUUCGAUCUAGGUCAGAAUAUGGUUGGCUGGUGUCGAGUCAGAUUACGCGGUCUCCGUGGUGUAGGUGUAUAUUUUCGUCAUGCGGAGAUUUUGGCACAGCCACUACAUUCCACAGGUCAGUCCACCGGAGGAAUAUACACUGAGAAUCUGCGCGGUGCUACACAAUUUGAUACUUAUAUCCUACGUGGAGAUCCAAAUGGUGAAAUUUAUGAACCGACUUUCACUGUACAUGGCUUUCGAUACUUCCAAGUCUCUGGAGCACCAAACCCGCUCACCGUCGAUGAUGUUGAAUGUCCUGUCGUGCAUAGUGAAACAGUUUUGAAAGGAAACUUUAUUAGUAGCAGUCCCAUUAUUAAUCAAAUUCAACAUAAUAUUCAAUGGGGUCAAUUGAGUAACAUUAUGUCGGUACCUACAGACUGUCCACAACGUGAUGAACGACGUGGCUGGAUGGGUGAUGCUGCACUCUCAGUCAAUGAAGCCUUGUACAACUUUGAUUUAAUCAAAUUCUAUGUAAAUUUUCUGAAUUUAAUCUGCGAUGUUCAACAGAGUAAUGGAGCUAUACCCGAUGUCGUGCCGAAUGGCGGUGGUUACCCAGCGGAUCCUAAUUGGGGUACUGCUUUGCCAACAAUCACUUGGCAACUCUAUCGCCAUUAUAAUGAUAGUCAGAUUCUAUCGACUUAUUAUGAUCAUGUUCGUGCAUACGUCGAAAAUAUACGUGGUGGCUAUAAUAACACAGGUCUCGUCAAUCUUGCUUAUCAAUUUGGUGAUUGGGUUCCACCACCACCACAACCGAUGACUAAUGAGCAUCUAAUCGCGUCAUUUGCUUUCCUUCAUGAUGUGUCUAUUUUGAUUAAUAUGUCGCAAGUACUUGGCAAGACAGCCGAUAGUCAAGCCUAUUCAGCAUUCUAUCAACAACUUGCCGAAGAAUUUCAUCGCGUUUUCUUCAAUACAGCAGCGAACUACUAUGCUGAUGGAAUGCAGUCCGCUCAAGUUCUGGCUUUAGCAUUACCUAAUGUCGUUCCCGAGAAUGCUCGAGUAACCGUAUUCAAUCAUCUACUGAGCGAUAUUAGUGCAAAAAAUAACCACGUGUCUACUGGCAUCGUGUCUACUGCACAGUUAUAUCCACUUUUAUCUGACAAUGGCCAUCAUGAUCUGGCAGUCGAACUGAUUUCCUCUACAACAUAUCCAUCGUAUGGUUACAUGUUUACGAAUCCAUAUGAAAACGCUACUACGAUCUGGGAAUUAUGGGACGCACCAUCGGAAGGACCUGGUAUGAAUUCACGCAAUCAUAUUAUGUAUGGCAGUGUUGGGGCUUGGUUCUAUUCACAUUUAGCUGGUAUUGACCUUUCUUCCACAGGAAUUACUAUUAGACCACGUAUGGUAUCUGAAACAAAAAAACAUCUAUUAAGUAAAAUCAACUGCCAAUUAAGUACGCUCUAUGGUCUUGUUCAAGUAUCUUACACACGUGACGAGCGUGAUACAGUUGCUAACUCGAUUUUGAUGAGCGUCAUCAUACCGCCCAAUACACAAGCAAAAGUUGUAUUUGAACCGUUAUUUCCCGGCAGUCGUUGCAUUACAUUGCUCGAAGAUAAUCAAACUAUUUGGUCAUUAGCUAGUGCAGAGUUCACUCAUGUUCGAAACUUUGCAGUCGAACGUGAUACUAGGACCGACUUUAUGACAGUUCACAUCGGAUCCGGGCGGUAUGAAUUUCAAGUUGUAUGGCAGUAA